GGUCGGUUGUCUCUUUAAAUCGACUCUGCAGUGUGACGGGCAGCGGGCCGCCCGGGCUGGGAAGAACCAUUCCUGCUCUGCCGCAGGGAGCCAGGGCACGGCGCCGCCGCGGUCCGCGCCUCCCCGAGUCCCCAUGGUUACAGCUCCUGCUUCCCGGCCGGUCCUUCAUUCCCCUGGCUGUUGCUGCAGAAAUGAGGCGCGCGCGCAGGCGGCUGGCGUCCCCCAACCCAGAGCUGGAAACUGCCUGCAGAGUGCGCAUUGGAUGCCUGCUCUUCUCUGCUCUUCUCGCCUCUGACUCACUCCCUCCGGGUGCAGAGCUCCCUUCCCCAGCGCAGUGCUCUGGCCACUGCCAGUCGCUAGGCUGCAGCCCUGCAAUCUGUUGAUAACUCCACUCACAAGCUCCAGUCUAAUGCCUUUCAUCAUAGAAAGCUGUUCCCUAGCACGAGGGACAUGCCACAUCUCGCCUAUGAGAAGCAAGCGUGAGACCUGUGCCUCUCCAGCUGCCUUUACCAAAAUAGGUCUGAACGCCUGGAAAUGCCUCCUCAAAGCUACCUCUCUGUCACACAGAGCUUUUCCCAUCUCAGCAUCCCCCUGAACUAUCCACAUUAAGAAAAGAAGGAAAGCUCCAUGAUGCUCUUCAAAAGGCCUCUCUUCAAGUCUCUUCAAGAUUUCACCACCCCAUGUAUCUCUCUAAAAAGAAAACCCCGGCAAACUAUAUUCAUGUAACAUACAGCUGGUGUUUUGAGCGAUUGAGUGACUUAGCUUCUGCUUUUCCCAUGGAAGGCUGAUCAAUUGAUAAGAUCCAGUGAUCACCCAAAAGACAGGCAAGGAAAUGCAUCCUGCUCUAUCAAAACCAAUCUGGGUUGGCACAGGACCAGAGAAGCAAACAGAACCGAGAAAAGCAAGAGCAAUUGCGCCGAGCACAGCCACUUGCAUUGGUGAUCCCAGCACUUGGAAAGCCGAGGCAGCCACAGAGUUAGACCUCAUCCCAAAACAAAAACCACAGAUGGAGACCGGGAAGACUACCCAGGAAAACUGAGUGGAAAGAGAACCUAAGGCUGAGGAGAUGACUCAGUGGGAUUUGAAGACUGUCCUCUCCCUGCCCCAGUACCCAGGGGAGUUCCUGCACCCCGUGGUGUAUGCCUGCACUGCAGUCAUGCUCCUGUGCCUCCUUGCCUCUGUCAUCACCUACAUCCUCCAUCAGAGUGCCAUCCGGAUAAGCCGGAAAGGCCGGCACGCACUCCUCAACUUCUGCCUCCACGCGGCUCUGACCUUCACGGUGUUUGCUGGCGGCAUCAAUCGCACCAAACACCCCAUCCUAUGCCAAGCGGUGGGCAUUGCUCUGCACUAUUCUACACUUUCUACCAUGCUGUGGAUCGGAGUGACUGCCAGGAACAUCUACAAACAGGUGACCAAGAAGGCCCUGCCAUGCCCAGGUGCGGACCAGCCACCGUACGCCAAGCAGCCCUUGCUCAGGUUCUACCUCAUCAGCGGAGGGGUGCCUUUCAUCAUCUGUGGGGUCACAGCUGCCACAAACAUCAGAAAUUAUGGGACAGAGGAUGAGGACAUGGCAUACUGCUGGAUGGCCUGGGAACCCAGCCUGGGCGCAUUUUACGGACCGGCUGCAUUCAUUGCCCUGGUCACCUGUGUGUACUUCCUCUGCACCUAUGUGCAGCUGCGGCGUCACCCCGAGCGCAGGUACGAGCUCAGAGAACGUACCGAGGAGCAGCAGCGGCUGGCGGUGCCAGAGGGUGGCCACCGCCAUGGGGUGCGUCCUGGCACGCCGCCACCACCGGCCUGUGAAGCCCUGACUGCCUCACAGCUGCAGAAUGAGCACUCCUUCAAGGCCCAGCUUCGUGCUGCUGCCUUCACCCUGUUUCUGUUCGCAGCCACAUGGACCUUUGGGGCCCUGGCCGUGUCUCAGGGCCACUUCCUGGACAUGAUCUUUAGCUGUCUGUAUGGCGCCUUCUGCGUGACGCUGGGACUCUUUGUGCUUAUCCACCAUUGCGCCAAGCGGGAGGACGUGUGGCAGUGUUGGUGGUCAUGCUGUCCCUCUCGGGGAGAGACCUCCGCCACCAAGCCCAGUGCCCACCCUACACUCGAUGCCAAUGGGGAUGCACUGGUCCAUACAGCCUGCCUGCAGGACUCACCGUGCCAUGGAAAACUCAGAGGCUUUGGCCAUCCACCAGCCAGCCACUGCAAGAUGACCAACUUGCAGGCUGCCCAGGGCCAUGUCAGCUGUCUGUCACCUGCCACCCCGUGCUGUGCCAAGGUGCACUGUGAGCAGCUCAUGGAGGAGGAGGCCCAUGUGCACAUGGCUGAGGAGGAUGCCUUCCCGCACGACCCCCACCUGCAUGACCCUCACCUGCACAGGUGCCUCCAGGGCAGAACUAAGCCCCACUACUUCAGCCGGCACCAGGCAGCCGCAGCCGAGAGGGAGUAUGCCUACCACAUCCCCUCCAGCCUGGAUGGCAGCCCCCACAGCUCGCGCACGGACAGCCCCCCUAGCUCUCUUGAGGGCCCAAUGGGGGUGCACACGUUGGCCUGUUGUGCCCAGGCCGACCCCUUCCCCAUGGUCAGCCAGCCUGAGGGUGGAGACACAAGUCCUGGGCUCUACGGCUGUCCCCCACGGCUGUCCCCAGGCCCUGCCCACUUGGAGAUGCUCCGGAGGACACAGUCCCUGCCUUUUGGGGGCUCUAGUCAGAAUGGGCUGCUCCAGGGUGAUGUUCCCGAAGACCUGCCAUUUGGCACUGAUGGGACAGGGAACAUCCGAACAGGACCCUGGAAAAACGAAACGACAGUGUAGCCAGGCUGGGAACACAACUCCUUCACCAGCGCCACCAUUUGUCCCUGGAGGCGCUUCAGUUCAGAGGUGGCCCUCUGCUCUGUGAGGUUAAUGGGCUGGGAGGGUCAUCAGAUGGCCAAGCGGUUCAGAAAUGGCUCACAUCCCUCAGCCCAUCAUCUCUUUUAUUGUGAAAGAACCCAUGGGGAGAACACUGGGCCAUAGAUACCUCCACUGGUCCCAAGGCAGGAGGUAGAUCUCUCUGUAAGCUUGCCACCUGCUUUCUGUUUAUAGCACCUUCUCUUGUUGCUGGGAAGCAAGCUGGGAGACCUCAUCAGAGACUCCAGUGGUGUUCAUGCCUUUGGUGUAUGUAUGUUAGGUUUUACUCUCAGGAGCACAGCAGUGGCCUCCGGAGCACGCUCACGCUGGGAAGCUUCCUGUCUCCGUCAUCCUUGUGUUACCUCACACUUGCAUCUCCACAGGGAGACCCACCUGGCGCCUCUGCCCGCUCACCACCUGCACCCAUGUGGGACAUGGUCUGGCCUGAUAGCCUGAGGUCAUCUUGGGUGCUAAGGAUGGGCCUGCUAUAGAGCCCUGAGGAGAGGAAGCAGCCAAUGGCGUGGCCUUCGGGAAGCUGGACAGUCUUUCUGAGCUUACGCUUCUGAGAGAUGCUCAGUUGUCAGGGCUUUGAAAGGCAGCCACUGUGAGACUGGAUUCUGUUCCAGUGUGAGCACAUGGUAGCCAAGCUCUCUGUCCCACAAGGAGGGGAUAGCUGGGGUGAGAUGGUCAUCACAGAUGAAGUUUCUUUUCCUUUUUUGCCAUUUUCAUAAACUUUUGGGGUACAAAGCCCCACCUCAAAGGAUAGAUGCGAACAAUGAGCCUUUUGUAGAAACAAGUGUCUUGUCCCAGGGGAGACCCUCACAGAGGUGAGAGCCCAGGUGUCCAGAGAUGCCAACCUGUGAAACUGUCCACCUUUCCUCUCUAGCUUUCUCUUCCCAGUUUGUGGUCCAUAUGCAUACAUAUGUAUGCACACACACACAC